GUUUCGAAAUUGGUAAGAGAUCUUUCUCUCCAAUUCGUUGCCUUCUCUUCUACACCUUCAAACACAAGAAAACAAACUACCAAAAAAAAAAAAAAAAAAAAAAAACACCUCUCUCUCUCUCUCUCUUCUCUCUCUCUACACUGUAUAUUACUUCGACGACCAACUGCUGACGAGCUAUAUCAGCUAUCAGGAAUCAGCUCCGACGCCAUGAGCCCGCUGCUCCUACUUCUUCAUCUCUCUCUCUCCUCUUCAUCUUCUCUCUCUUGAAACAUGGCGGAGCUGGAGCUGGAGGCGGUGCUGGAAUUCCUGAGGGAGAACGGCUUGUCGGAAUCGGCAUCAGCGCUGAUGGAGGAUGUGAUGGAGAAAUCGCGGGUGGGGGCUUCGGAAUUGGAGAAGUUCAUCUUCCCAAUGGCGCCUCCGCCUCCGCCGCUGAGAAUUCCGCCGCCUCGGCGGCCGGAGGAGGGCGGGGAGAGCUCCGGCGACGAGUUCGUCAGCCUCGGCUCCUCUACCACUGAAUUGUGCUCCUCUGAGUUUACGAAUCCAUACGCUGUCCGAACGAGUCGUGCAGCUUCGCAGACCUCGUCUGAUGGACUGACUCAGUUUGGCACGGCUCGAGAUUACCCUGAUUUUGAUAUGCAGAAUGACCUCUUCUGGUACAAGGAGAAAGAUGAAGACUUUGGUAUGCCACAGCCCCAAGCUGGUGGUGAUUUAAGCGAGGAUAAGUUUGUAACGGCUGUGCAGACGGGGGAGGAUCCAGCCACGUAUAAUUUUAUAUCCGUUGAGAGCAUCAGUAAUGUAGGAAGCCUAUGCACAAGGGACACUUUGAGAGAUGAGGCUUACAAAGAUUAUUAUGAGUUGGGUGAUCACAUUCGACUAGAACGAGGAAUUCAGAAACAGAAUUCUGCUUACGAUUGGGUGGGAGGUUUUGAUAAUGGUCACGAGAAAAGUAACCGGCCAAGCAACAACGAUGACUUUGACUUUAUGUAUGAUGGAGUUAUAACAGGAGAGCUUGAUGAGCCUCAGGCCGGGGUAAAUGAAGAGAAUGAUGAUGACGAGCUUCACUUGUACGAGGCAAACGAAGAUGAUUUUGAGAUAUUUAAUCUGAGAAUCAUACACCGGAAAAACAGGACCGGGUUUGAAGAGAACAAGGAAUUCCCGAUUGUGAUAAAUGGUAUUAUAGCAGGUAGAUACUACGUAACAGAGUUCCUCGGAUCUGCUGCGUUCAGCAAAGUAGUCCAGGCACACGACCUAUACUCGGGGAUGGAUGUUUGCUUGAAGAUCAUAAAAAAUGACAAGGACUUCUUCGACCAGAGCUUGGAUGAGAUCAAACUUCUGAAGUUUGUAAACAAGCACGACCCUGCUGAUGAACGACACAUUUUACGCCUUUAUGAUUACUUCUACCACCAGGAGCAUCUAUUUAUUGUUACUGAACUUCUCAAAGCAAACUUAUAUGAAUUUCAGAAAUACAACCGGGAAUCCGGUGGAGACGCCUAUUUUACAUUGCACAGGCUGCAGGUGAUAACUCGACAGUGUCUGGAGGCGUUGUCAUAUCUGCACGAUUUGGGAAUCAUUCACUGUGAUCUUAAGCCUGAGAACAUCCUGAUAAAGAGUUAUCGAAGAUGUGAGAUAAAAAUAAUUGAUCUUGGCAGCAGCUGCUUUCAGAGUGACAACCUGUCCCUGUACGUUCAAUCUCGUUCCUAUAGGGCUCCCGAGGUUAUGCUAGGCCUUCCCUACGACCAAAAGAUCGAUCUAUGGUCCGUUGGCUGCAUUUUGGCAGAGUUGCAUUCCGGAGAGGUGCUGUUUCCGAACGAAGCAGUUGUUAUGCUUCUUGCACGAAUGAUCGGGCUCCUUGGUCCAAUCGACGUGGAAAUGCUGCAGAACGGCCAGGAGACCAGCAAGUAUUUCACAGAUGAUCAUGAUCUUUAUUGUUUCAAUGAGGAAACGAACGAGCUGGAGUAUAUUGAAGCCGAGGGGUCCUCGUUGGAGCAUCACCUGCAGAUAUCGGAUGCCAUUUUCAUCGACUUCUUGAAAUACUUGCUCGAGAUCAACCCGAAGAGACGGCCUACGGCGAGAGAGGCACUGCAGCACCCUUGGCUUUCCCAUUUAUGCACUUGACUUGAGGUAAAUUUCUUCUUGAGAUUUUCUGUUCCAAAAGAUACAUUUGAAGAAUAUGUUUCUUAUUAACUGAAGAGGCUGUUUGUAUAUUUCCGGUGCUUAUUUCAUAUGAUGUAAAUAGAUGCUUUGAACUUUCAUCACAGAGCCAAAAAAAUUAGGGAUUUAAAUUUUUUCCCCCCUUUUAAUUACAUUUGAUAUGGAAGUACAGAUUAAUAUCAAGCUAUGAUCAGAUCACAAGAUCUGAGUGUUGUAAAUUUCUUUGUAUAAUCUUCCUUGACAUUCAGAGAAUUGAAAGUUUGCUCUUGUACUUUUUGAUUUGUCAGA